AUGACAACGCCAGAGAAACCUAAACAAAAGGUUGCAACAUUUCCUGGCUCGGAUGCAAAGAAGAACAUCAAAGCCCUCGCUCAAGAGAGUGGUCUUUCGAAAGACAUUGCGACGCAAGCUAAAUCAAUCAAAGGCAAGAAGGUCUUACAGGACGAAGACUUUCCAGCCCUGAACACUGCCAAGACGGACUCCAUCAAACCGACUCCCUCGCAGGUUUCGACGCCAGCGGUAGCAUCCAAAGCAUCAACCAGCAAGACACCUACUGUAAACAAGAAGUCUGCCCCUGAGCCAAUUGCGCCGGUGCCUGCACCUUUGGAAAUAGUAACACCGCGGAAGGAAAGAACGGAGAAGCGUCCAGUCCCGGGCGUACUCAAUAUUGCUGCCGCCACCAAGACUGCCGAACACAAGGAACCCAGUUCGCCGUCCGUAUCUCAGAAGACUGAUGAUCACGUCUUCCCGGCCCUGCCCACCCCGACUACUGCUUCGGUAUCGUCUCCCAUCGCACGCGCUGCACCAAAGACUUUGAGGGUAGUGCCAACGCCGAAGACAGAGAUUCCACCAGUUCUCGCCGUGGCAGGGGGUUCAACACAAUCUGUUCGGUCGUCUAUUGCGACGAUUCAUAGGCCUGAGACUCCAGUGAGCGAGAUCAUCUCUGAUAGCGUCUCUAUAGCCUCGGCUUCAAUUUCCGCAUCACGAACGAGUUCUCCUCCUCCAUCUAAAGUAGGGUCUGCCGCCGUCCGGAACACGACAAAGAGUCAACAAAGGAAACAGAGAAAAGAGGCUCUAAAGAAAGAAACUGCAGCAAUUGCGGUACAGCCAAAGCCCGAACCAGAGGUGGAGAUUGCACCAAUACUGGGCCGCAAAAAGAAGCAGAAAAAGGAGAAAACGAGCAGCUCGACUGCAACUCCGAUUGAGAGCCGCCCAGCCACUCCAGUAACGCAACAACCGCCUCCGCCAGUAAAGGAGGAGACUUCUACCUAUCGCCAGGCUGUCAAUGAGUCCAUGUCACUUGAGGAGUCAGCACCGCCCAAGAAUAAAGCUGGCAAAGCUGCUACGGACACAAAGAGUAACGUCAAAGAAGUGUCGAAGGCAGGAACUAGUCCCUCGGUGGAGGAACCAAAGACCAGCAGCUCUGACAAAUUGACGCCAACACCUCUAUCUAUUCUACAGACGCUCAUCAAAGAUGGCCAGCUCCCCGAUCCGGAGAAAAUGGGGCUGUUGAAGCCUAUCGCAGGUUCUUCCCAUCGUCAUGACCAGUAUAAUCCUAUCCCGCCCAAGGAUGGCGUGACGGAAAUUAAGUGCUUCGUGACUUCAGAGGAGGAAGCUUCUCUCAAUGCUGGCAAGCCUGUCCGUAAGCUAGUCGACGGCGCUCGAGUCAUGCUUAGUCCGUAUGGGAAUUGCGUGCGUAAUCUCACGCCCGAAGAGGAGGAACGUUAUAUGGAGCUGCAGGAACUCAUAGCUGCCGCUGCUACAGACCCUGCAACCUUUGUGCACUCACGCCAUGAAGCCGGUCAGGGUUUCAGUGUUAUCAAGGGCCGUGCCGUACCCAACGGCCCGCCGAGCUACUUCCCGCAGAGCAAGGCGCUUCCAACGGACCCAGUCACUAAAAUGACACGCGAUGCGGCACUGAACUACAUAAACCAAUCUGUGCUGCCGCGUCUGAACCUCGGCACCGCGAACCUGGCCUACCCGAACGGCGGCAACGCCAAGGGCGCAGCUUCACUAACUACAUCCGCCUUGAACUCCAUUGCCCCGAUCAUCAUGAGUUUCGCUGCGAACGGCGUUGCUGGUGCGACUGCUGUCGCCGCAGAGAUUGCCGGGCAUGUUCCAGGAAGCGCUAAGCUGGCCAUCCCAGAUGACUUCGACUUCUCUGCCAUGUCGGGCGCGAACUCCCUGGCCACGGGUGAUCCAGGCAAGGUGCUACCGGCUCAGGGGGCCGGUGGCAACGGUGGGCCGCUGGCCAACAUCCCCGCCAUGAGCCUCGAGGACAUCGAGCAGGCGCUGGCGCUGGCGCGCAAGGAGACGGAGAAGCUCGAGAAGAGCCUCAACCAGGUCAUCAAGAAGAACCGGCGGCUGCUGCUCGCCACGGGCGGUGGGCAUUGA